AUGGAAUUGUUUAGUAUCGGUGUGAAUGUAUUAUUAACGUAUUGGAACAAAGAUUUUAUCGAUACAUUUCAAAGAUACGAUCGACCAGCCUUUCUUCGUUCACUCUUAUAUUUUACUUUCAUUGCUAUCACAAUCAUAAUCGUAUCAGUUUACAAAGAUUAUCUAACACAAUUAUUUCUUCUUCGAUGGCGACGUUGGUUAACAAACGAUUUUCUUAGCAAAUAUUUAUCUAAACAUGCUUAUUAUCAUAUGUCGUUGUUAAAAAAUGAUCGUCCAACAAUAAAUGAUACAAAUGAUAAUCCAGAUCAAAGAAUAUCAAUGGAUAUUAAUUCAUAUACUGAAAAUAUCUAUACUUUAGCAAUAGGUCUCUUAAAUGCAUUUGUGUCAUUAGUAUCCUAUGUCAUCGUACUCUGGUCUCUAUCUGGUAUGAUCAGAAUAAAAAUUACUCCAAAUUUUUCGUUUGAAAUCAAAGGACUUAUGGUUUGGUCUGCUCUUAUCUAUGCUGGAUUAGGUACUGUGAUUACUAAUUUAAUUGGUCGAGCUCUCUUUCAUUUGAAAUAUGUACAAGAACAUUGUGAAGCUAAUUUUCGAUAUGGACUUGUUCGUCUUCGGGAUCAUACAGAAUCAGUCGCUUUCUAUCGAAGUGAAUUAAAUGAACAGGCAUCAUUAACAUCAUUCUAUCUCGAAAUAAUAUCUAAUUUACGUCAAAUUAUUCGUCGCAAAUUUAUUCUCAAUUGGUUUAAUUCAUUCUACACAACGGUAGCAAUUAUCUUUCCAUUUCUCGUUGCUUCUCCACGAUAUUUUUUACGCGAAGUUACACUUGGUAAUUUAUUACAAAUAGCUAGUGCCUUCGAAAGUGUACAUCAAUCACUUUCAUUUAUACCCAAUUCCUAUGGAAUUAUUGUACAAUGGCGAUCAGCUACGAAACGAUUGACUGAAUUUCAAUAUGUUUUAAAUGAAUUACAUAAAGCUAAGCAAAAUUCUGAAAUUCAAUUUCUCUAUUUACCAAACGAACGAUUUAUGAGAAUUCAAGAAUUAAAUGUUCGAUUGCCAUUGAAAAUCGGUGAAGAUAAUAGUCGAAUUUUUAUCAAUCGUCUCAAUUUAGUACUCGAAGCUCAUCAUGCNCUUGCAUAUAUUAAUAUAAUAUUUUUUUAUACAAGAAAAUAA